AUGGACGGGAGCAUCGGCUGGCCACAAGUUUACACCCGGCGUCCUGGGGAGGCUCACUUCGAUAAACUUCCUCGGGGCUUCGACAAAGAGAUGUAUGCGUCCCUGGGGCUCUCAUCCGCGGAUGUGCAACGCCGACAGCGACGGCACCUCGGCCGUGCCUUUACUGGUACGGCGAUCCAAGAGCAGGAAGCUAUCAUCGGCCAUUACAUCGAUCUGCUUGUCCACCGUAUUCAGAGCCUGUUUGUGGAUACUGGGGAAAAAAUGGACAUUGUACAAUGGCUGAAUUUUACCACUUUUGAUAUAAUCAGCGACUUGACCUUUGGCGAGUCUUUCGGCAGCCUCGAAAGUAGCGCCUACCACCCGCUAGUUCUGAGCAUCUUUGAAGGUGUGAAAGCCGAUGCUUUUCUACGAGCCUGCAAUACCUACCCCCUUGUUUCCCCUUUAUUGAAACGCGUAUUUGGAGGCAAGCAGUUCCAAAGGGGUAAGGCUUAUAGGGAAUGGACAAGAACAAAGAGUGAAGACCAGGUAGGCCUCGGGAUGGAGCCAAAGGGCAGGCGUGACUUUGUAACGCACAUGUUACGCCCAGAUCGUGAUGACCCGGGUCUCUCUCGAAUGGAGAUCGCGGCUUUCGCUCCGUUGCUUGUAAUUGCGGGAAGUGAGACGACCGCGAGCGCCCUAUCCGGGUUUUUCUUCUACCUGAACCAGUCGUCUCACGUCAAAGCUAUCCUCGUCGAUGAGAUCCGCAGAGCUUUUUCGCAGGAAUCGGAAAUUAGUAUAUCUAGUACACAUGGGCUUGAAUAUCUGCAAGCCUGUCUCGAAGAAGCUUUGAGGAUGUAUCCGCCGGCUCCAGCGCCACCACCGCGGAUAUCGCCCGGCGCUGAGAUUGAAAACCACUUUAUUCCACCAGGCACCUCGGUUCACGUGUAUCAGUGGGCAACAUUUCGAAACCCUCAGCAUUUCGUCGAUGCCGACUCUUUUUGUCCCGAACGAUGGUUAAAGCAAACACACCCACUGUAUGACUCUAGGUUCGCUGCCGACAGCCACGGGGUGUUUAAACCGUUCAGUGUUGGCCCUCGCGACUGCAUUGGAAAGAAUCUCGCAUUCGCAGAGAUGAGACUGAUCGCGGCCCGCUUACUCUUCAAGUUCGAUGUCGAUGUCUUGCCGGGUCAAGAUGACUGGCACUCGGUUCAGAAAACUUAUCUCCUAUGGGACAAGGGCCCGCUAUACUUAAGAUGGUACCCCAGAGGCCAAAAAUACAAAAUUCCCUGA